AAUACUACAAUUAAUACAAAUGGCCAUCUAUUUCCUCCACCCACGUUGCCACUUGUGGAAGAUGGAAACACAAAUUUAAUUCCAUUGGCCCAUGCAUUAACUCUUGCCUUCUUUUUCUUCUUUCACAGAUGGGAUUGGAGACAUGAUGAUAUUUGAGAAUCUCCCAAGCAUGCCAUGUCUCUAGUAUAAAUACAUUAGGUGGCUUUUCUUAUCAAUGUCCUGUUGGUAAAGCACUCCUCCAUGUGAAGUUUGUCAACUUAGGUAGGCUGAAUUAUGUAGUGUUCCUGUACCAAGCUUGGAACCUUCCACCUUUUAUUUAUUUAUUAUUAUAUUUUUUAAUUGCAAAUUACCAAUCAACACCAUCUACUUCGCUCCGCCAUGCCAUCCUUAUUCCGAGGUUUAGUGGAGAGAAGGAAGCGCGCAGGUCCGAAGAAGAACGGGGACGACGAAAACUUGGCGUUGGUGAAGGCCGCUGCAUGGGCUUGGUAUCAACAUGGUUCAGGCUCGUCACAAGGCAAGCAGGCAGUGGCCGAAUUCGACUUUGCGGCCAAACCCAAACCUGCAGCAGCAGACAUGCCAUCCAGAUACAGGGUGGAAGCUAUGGUGGCGGCCAACACCCCAGUAACAGAAACUAAAAAUGAACAAGCUUCGUCAUUGUCGUCGUCUCCAGCAAUCCGAACCGGCCAUUACUCUCUUCUUGAUUCCCAUGAAAUCCAGAGCAUUUCCAGGCAACUCGGCAGUCACAUGGCAGAGCCCAGCAGGAGCAGUAGGUACCUUGAUCAGCAAGAAACAUCGGCCAAGGAGGAGAAGAAGAAACCAGCUGAUUCGCGGCGGAUGAGACAGCGCCAGGUCAUAAUGUGCAGGGCAGGGCAAGACGUGGAGGAGAGUGCUUUGGUGAGCAUGGCCAAAAGGUAUCCGUCGUCGUCGGCAAAAGGACAAGUCCCGGUUGUUGGGAUGGAAGCUUGUAGGCCACGUCGGAGAGGUAGGCGUGGGAACUGAAGAGAAGACCUCUAUUAUCGAUCGACCCUCCAUUAGGCCAAAGGGUAGGUGUUGGCCAUUUAAUAGAGAGUGGGACUGGGAGGGACAGAGUGGAUGCUAAACAUAAAAAAAGUUGAGGGGUCUAAAACCAUGGUAAGUCGGGAAGGAGGGGAGGGAUAAAGUCUUUUUAGUUGAUGUUCCAGCCAUUAACUUUCAAACAUGCAAUAGUGUAUAACGAGUUUGAUUCAUAAAUAGAUAAAAGUUAUGAUCUUAGACCAUGUAAAUUUCUAAAAUAGUAUUAAGCCGGUACGCCUGAUUGAUUCACAUGUUGAAAAUUACUUGACUCCUAUUCCUAAGAUAAACAGAAAUACUGUUC